AUGUGUACUCUCCCCGGCGACGUGAUAACCUCGCCCUGCCGAAUUGGUGAACGUCGGGAAGUAAUGCUUAACGAGGACUGUCCCCUCUCACCAACCUCCGGCGCGAAUUCCGCCUCCAACACCCUCCUGCGUCAGUUACUCGCAGGCGUCGAUCCGGCUAGUGUUCGAAACUACAGCGAAUUAAUGAACUCCAAGUUCGCUUUACGUCGCACCUCUUCUAUGAGCGUCAGCUCACGCAAUCGUUUUCGACGAUCCAACCUUGAUGGGCUCGGCGGUGUUGAAAUCCGGCCUCGAAGGGCGACAAUGUACAGCCAACCCUCCCUCUCCAGGCGCUCGUUCCCCAGUCCCAAAAAUGACGCCACCGGUGCCAAACGAUCCAAGCAUUCUGCCGGCUCGCCCCCAACGGUGGAAGAAGAAGAAGACGUUGCUCCAUUAACCAUAAAGGUUGAAGCCAAUGAGCAUCCUGACGUCAGCCCGUCAGAGCAAUUUGACCAUCCAAAUCCACCUUGGAAGCCGAAGGAGCCGAGU